AUGCCAACUGAACUCUCCCGGGCCGUGAGGAUGCACGCCAUCUCCGACCUCCACUCCUCCUUCACUCUGCGACUCCUCAACAAGGGUCCCGAGUACCUCCGCAGGCAGAUGGAGGCAGGCAGCCCGGGCAGGAGAAGUGCCGUGGAGAGGUUGGCAGCCGAUAAGGCCAAGUACGUCAAAAGUCAGCAGGUAAUCAGCACCAAGCAGGAGCCCGUCAUCAUGCUUAGCUCUGCCUCGGAGAGCAGCAGCGAGACCUGCUCAGUAGAGAGCAAAAAAAACAGCCGGGACUUUGGGAGAGGGAAGAGCGCGAAGCCCCUGGAGCUGGCCAAGGCGGUGUACUCCUGCCGGGCCCCCCUGCAGCACGGCCCACCCAUAACCAGGCGCAGCACCCCCAGGAGGCAGAUGCGGCCGGAUUCCCUAGUGAUUUACCGCCAGAAAUGCGAGUUUGGGAGAGGUCAAAGCCAGGACAGCUCACGAGGGAACGUGGUGAGGAGGAUCUUCCACGGGUCCGUAAAGGAGAAACAGUUGACUUCCCCUGAGAUGCCCAGAGUUAUGGAGGACACCACAGCCACCGAGAGCAAAGAGAUUCUCUCAUCAAAAGACAGUGACCAUGAGCCAAGCAACCCUGGAGUGGAGCAAGCUGUCGCUGUGAACACCGAAGCCCCAGAGGUAUGUGCAAAAGAGCAUGAGAGACUCUCGAAACUUGAUAUAACUCCUGAGGAGGUCAAAGAGGUGAAGAGGAGAGGUCUCCAUCGCUCUCAGUCAGACAUCAGCUCUCGCUACUCCAAGUCCUUCUCUGAGUUUGAUACAUUUUUCAAGUACUGUGGCCUGGAGCAGGAGAUCAUCGAGGAUCUUGGGAGAGAGAACUUCUCUGUCAUGUCUGACAACGUCUCCUUCAAGUUCCGCAGCAUUAGUGUGGCAACAUCUGAGAGCGACUUCACAAGGCACAGCGGGGACGAAGGGCUGCUGGAGGAUGAACUGACAGAACAGGUCCCAAGCAGCACCUCCGUGAUCGAGCGCAACGCUCGGAUAAUCAAAUGGCUAUACACGUGUAAGAAAGCCAAGGAGACUAACAGGGUGAUCCAGGAGCUGGCAUGA